UGGACUUCUGGCAUUUUCGGUUGCAUAGUGUCUUGAUUUUCAUCAGGGGAUAUGAACGGCGGAGCGGCGGCGGUGGUCGGAGACUAUGUUCUGAAAUCGAAACUGGGAGAGAGCUCGUCGUCGACGGUAUGGAAAGCUGAGAGGAAAGCAACGGGAGAAACGGUGGUGGUGAAGCAAGUUCAGCUGUCGAAGCUCAACAAACACAUGAAGGACUGUCUGGAUUGCGAGCUUGGCUUCUUGUCAUCCGUCCACCAUCCCAACAUAAUUCGACUCUUCCAUUUCUUCCAGGAUGAUGAUUCUGUGUUCAUGGUACUGGAGUUCUGUGGCUUGGGAGAUUUGGCUGCUUAUAUUCGAAAUCAUGGGAGAGUUGAAGAGAAAGCUGCAAGAAGAUUCAUGCAACAACUAGGGGCUGGUUUAGAAGUGCUAAACAGCCAUCAUAUUGUUCAUAGAGACUUGAAACCAGAGAAUAUUCUACUUAGUGGUCAAGACGAUGAUGAUCUGGUUCUCAAGAUCGCUGAUUUUGGGUUAUCGAGAGGCAUACAUCCGGGCAAGUAUGCAGAAACAGUUUGUGGAUCUCCAUUGUAUAUGGCUCCUGAAGUUCUUCAAUUCCAGAGAUACAGUUCUAAGGUUGACAUGUGGAGUACUGGUGCCAUUCUCUUCGAACUUCUCAAUGGGUACCCACCUUUUCAUGGCCGAAGUAAUGUCCAGCUGCUGCAGAAUAUCAAGUCAUCCGCGCAUCUUCCUUUCUCUCAACUCGUACUUCCACAGUUGCAUCCUGACUGCAUAGAUGUAUGCUCAAAACUGCUCUCUCCAAACCCAGAGCACAGACUGUCUUUUGAAGAGUUUUAUGGUCAUCGAUUCUUGUCGGGCAAGGAAAUGGAAUUGGGAAAUCCAACCCAUUAUCUUAAGAGCCAGAUCAGACGAAGAGACAUUGCAGGAUCCUUUCCCUGGUUAUAACAGUGUCCUCUUGUAGCAAAGCAACUCCUGUAGUACACUGCAAUUGUGUUCAUAUGUAUGUAUACAUGGUUGCAUAGUCUUUAACCAUUGUGGCACAGAACAAUGAGAAGAAUGUGGC